UCUGCAGCAAAUUCUCUCAACUGCCUUGGGAGGUGGGUAGUGGCAGCCCCUUUUGACAGAUGGGGAAACCGAAGCCUGCAAGUCCAGGGCAGAGUUGGGGCUGGAAUCUCAGGCUUUCCCCUGCCAGUCUGCCCUUUCCCAGCCACAUCUCCCACCCAAGCCUCUCCUGGGUGCUGUCCUCUCCCUCUGAACCACAUCCCGUUCGUGCUUCUCUGGCCUGAGCAGGGUGGGUACACUGAGGGUUAUAAGGGCAGGGAGUUCAGGGAGGGGCCAAGUCCCACAGAGCCAGAACACUGAAAUACUCCAGAGAUCCUUUUAGCACCGGCUCCUGUGUCCCACCCUCUCUGGCCAACAGUACUCACAGAUGUCAGCUCCCGGGCUGUGGGGACUCCUCUCCUUUGACAAGUCCUGCUGCUCCAUGUUCUUUUGUGGGUGCAGGUCCUCCCUGGAGACUUGAAACCCGUCUAGUCAAGACAGCAGCAUGUGUGAUAGAAUAGUAAAUCUAGUGAGGCUGCUCAUCUGUCUUCAGCCUCGGGUCCGAGGGCCCGCUAACCCUGUAACUUUUGACCUCAACAGAGGCUCUCCUUGCUAACCUUUGACCCCCAUGAGAUGCCAUCUCCUUGAGCUCUAACCUGAUGAAACCUUCCAAAGGAUUCGACUCCCUGAGUCUGUGACUCCCCUAUGGCUUUCUCACCUGUGUGACCCAUGACCUCCUGCAUCAUUCUAACGAAAUUCAGAGCGUGGGACCCUUGAGUUUUGACACCAGGAAGUCCUUCCGUUUCUCCCACAUGUCUUAGGGAUGGUACUUGAACUUUGGUCCCACCCUUUACCCCUCCUCUCCUGGUAUCCUGUAACUUAUACCUCCCACGCGCGCUUUUACCCGCUCCGUGUCCCUCUGCCCACCGUUCCCUCCUCCCGACGCCCGGAGCCCAGGCCCUGCCUUUCUCCGUACAGCAGCGGGCUGCCUUCGGCUGCGCCUGUCAGUCGCGCGCCACAGUUCCCGCGGCCUUCCGCCCGGUGAGAACCUCGAAGCGCAAAUCCCAGAUUGCCAUCCGGCAGCGGUGUAGUCGCGCCAGCCCGGGCUCCAAAUACCGGGAGGGGUCCUUCUCUGCACUGGGGAGCGUCAUGAUGACGUCGCAAGCCGCCAUUACCAUACAAACUUAAACCUAUUGCACAAGGACGUUCAGGCGCUCGCGGUGCGCAGGCGCUUUGAUGCCCUCAUUGUUCCCGGCCCAGAUCUCCCAAGUCACGCUUUCGAGACACACCUCUUCCCAGAGGGUCCGACAUCAGGGCUAGAGCCCCGGAUCGGGUCCCGACGUCCCCAAAUCCGGGCGCUCUGGCCUCGGUCCCCCGGAGCCCAGGAGCGGGGCCUCUCAGCUGCUGACCCGGCCGCCACGAACUGCUCUCGUCCUUGUGUCGACUGUUGACUCGCCAUGCCUUCGCCACGGGGUGACGUGACUGCUUUGUUCCUGGGGCCCCCGGGCUCGGGAAAGUCUGCGCUGAUCGCAGCGCUGUGCGACAAGAAUGUGGAGACACUGGGGACUCCCGAGGGAAGGCUAGAGUCUGGGGUCCCCAUCCUGCGGGCUGCAGGCCCAGGCCUCUUCCUGGGUGAGCUGAGCUGCCCACCCGCAGAGCCGGGACCCUGGGCCGCGGAGGCCAACGUGCUGGUACUGGUGCUGCCCGGACCCGAGGGGAACGGGGAGACCUUGGCUCCAGCGCUGGGAGAGGCGGCGCGGGCCGCCCUGGCCCGGGGGACUCCGCUGCUGGCUGUGCGGACCCUCCACCCCGGGGAUUCACAGAACGAAGCCGGGGCCCGGGAUCAGACAGAGGCCUUGCUGGACAGCGCCGGAUUGGGAGCCGCGACUCUCUUCGUGUUGCCGGCGGACUGCAGCAGCGGCGACCGCUGCGAGGAGCUGGAGCGCCUGCGGGCGGCGCUAGAGAGCCAGGCGGAGGCUCUGCAGAGGCUCUUGCCACCGGCCCAGGAUGGCUUCGAGGUACUGGGCGCAGCAGAGCUGGAGGCUGUGCGCGAAGCCUUCGAGACCGGUGGCCUGGAGGCAGCGCUGUCUUGGGUGCGCGCCGGCCUGGAGCGCCUGGGCAGCGCCCGGCUAGACCUGGCCGUGGCCGGCGCGGCCAACGUGGGUCUUGUGCUGGACAUGUUACUGGGGCUGGACCCGGGCGACCCAGGGGCUGCGCCUGCUUCUGCGCCUGCGCAGCCCACACCCUACCCGGCCCCUGAGCGCCCCAACGUGGUGCUCUGGACAGUGCCCCUGCGCCCCGCUGACACUGCCGCCGCCCCCAACCCGCCCGUCUACGAUGCUGUCAUCCUCGUCACGCCCGGGGCCCCCACGGAGAAGGACUGGGCCCAGGGCCGGGCGUUGGUGCCUCCAGAUACGCCGCUGGUCUGUGUGCGAACCGAUGGCGAAGGCGAGGAUCCGGAGGGUUUGGAAGAAGAGGAAAAGGCGGAGAAAUCCAGCGGCGAGAACUUGGAGAAUGGACGCAGUGAGAAACGCGGCACUGGAUCUCAGAAAACAAGCAGUGGGAAAAGUUCAGAGAAAGCAGGCAGCGAGAGUGUGCAGCAGAUCGACGCCAGUGCGAAGAACUCGGGCGGUGGAGACGCCGAGUGGGCGACCCCGUUGAGCCCGGAGGACGAGACGUGGGAGGUGCUGGAGGAGGCGCCGCCGCCUGUGUUCUCCCUCCGGCCGGGCGGACUCCCGGGGCUCUGUGAGUGGCUGCGGCGCGCGCUCCCCCCCGCGCAGGCAGGGGCGCUGCUGCUGGCGCUGCCAGUCACGUCUCCCGGCGCGGCCCGAGCAAAGGCUGCGGCGCUGCGGGCCGGCGCGUGGCGGCCGGCUCUUCUGGCUAGCUUGGCGGCGGCGGCGGCGCCCGUGCCUGGGCUGGGCUGGGCCUGUGAUGUGGCGCUUCUGCGGGGUCAGCUGGCCGAGUGGCGGAGGGCGCUGGGGCUGGAACCCGCGGCUCUGGCGCGGCGCGAGCGCGCGCUGGGCCUGACUCCUGGGGAGCUGGCCGCGCGCACGCAUUUCCCGGGCCCGGUGACGCGCGCGGAGGUGGAGGCUCGGCUCGGCGCGUGGGCGGGCGAGGGCACAGCCGGGGGCGCGGCCCUGGGCGCGCUCUCUUUCUUGUGGCCCGCGGGCGGCGCAGCGGCGACAGGUGGCCUGGGCUACCGCGCGGCGCAUGGCGUCCUGCUGCAAGCGCUCGACGAGAUGCGGGCCGACGCGGAGGCCGUGCUGGCACCCCAUGCAGCCACCCAGUAGACGGAGAUGGGGGCCGGGACAUUCGGGGUGUCCAGCGUCUGGCUCCACGAGGGUUGAACACCCCAAGUCCCGGUUAGAUGGGGGUCCAGAUUUCCGGGUGGGAUGUCGGGCCUCUGAGAUAAAGUAAGGGCCACCACCCAGGAUCCUGGGCGUUUUACGGGGAUAAGGGCUCUGACUUCUGGUUGGGAGGUGUGACUUCUGGUCACCUGGAUCCUGAAGGGGGGUAGAGUCUGGGGGACAGUCCCCUGAGCUCUCUGGGGACUAGGGACAUGACACCCAGACUCCUGUGCCCUGAAGGGAAUUGGCGGCCUGGACUCCCAGAAGGGGGCAUGUCUUCAUCUCCAAGGGGAGCAGAAACUGGAAAUACUGGAUGUCUAAUCCUCAAGGGGGAGAGGGAUGAAGGCCUGGCUCCUGAUGUGGGACCUGGACUGCAGCCUCAGGUGAGGGGUCUGGGUUGCCCAGAGAUACAAGAACUAGGUUUCCUGGGGAGAGAAGGGCUGCACCAGCUUCCUAGGCCCUUAAGGGGCAGUGGGCUUUGAAUCUUCUUGGGGAGAUCACUAAUAUCUCAGGCCCAGAAGGCUGUGGACUUUGGUUCCUCAUUCCUGUGUGAUGGAAGGUCUAGGUCUGGAGAGAAGUAUCAGGCCUGUGGGAGGGAGCUGGAGACCCUUGGUCCCUCUUGAGGAGUAAAGGGGCAUCUAAUAUUUGCUUCUGAGGCAUCUGGUGAUCCAGACUCCUUUCCCAGCUAUUGGUGAGGGUUGGUCCCAUACAAUGAGGGGAGGAGGGGAGAACCUGUGCUUGGUGAGCUCCGGGCAGCCAGAGACCAGGGAUUGAGGUCUUCUGGAGUAGAACGGCAGGAACCUCUGACUUCUGAGGUAUCUCCCGCAAAUCUCCAGUGGCUUUGGAUCCCAGUGACUGCCUUUCUUGCUGUGAGUUUGACUGGGGAGGGAUGUGACUACCUCCAUUUUACAGGUGCUGACACUGAGAGAUUCAGGGGCCCUCUAGGGAGUCCAUUCCUCUGUCUCUUUAGGGAUUUCUCUUUUUGGUCCUGGUUUCUUCUGUCAUUGAACCUUAACUCUUUCUGGCCUUCCUUUUUAGAAAAGCAGCUUCACUGCUGCAGUAGUCCAGAUGUUGUGUGGCCACCUCAGGUGUCCCCAAGAGCCUCUGCCUUCUGACAUACUCAGAAGACACCACAGCAAACAAGAAGCCCUCAGACUGGCUGGGCAGUUAUCCCAAGCCAUGGGAAUGUGCCAUGAGUAAGGACAAGACUGAAAUCACAGUGCCUGGAGUGUGCCAGGCUGCCAGCUACAUGUAGAGGAGCAGAUAAAGGUCACAGAAUUCUUCAGUGUCAAAAACAGAAAGGGGGGACCUGAGAGACCAUCCAGUAGAAUGUCUUUUGUGACAGACGGAGAGGGAAGGCCCAGAGGGCGGGCUCUAGGCCCCACAUCACACAGCAAGGCCCCAUGUGGUCUGGCCCCUGUUCUCAUUUCCUGCCCCACCUCAUCCCCAACCUACCUGAUGAGUCUUCCUUCUGAUGUUUGAUGAGGGCACCUUGAGUCCUGCCUCAGGACCUUUGCUCUGGCUGUUUUCUCAGCCUGGGAUGCUCUGACCCCAGAUCUUCUCAUGACUGGCUCCUUGUCAAUCAUGUUUCAGUUCAAAUAUCCCUCAGGCCUUCCCUGACCACCUUAACUGAAGUAGCUCACACCCCCAUCAUUCAUCUUGGCCAGUUGAUUAUUAUCAAAAAUGACCUUAUUUAUUUAUUUACCUGUUUAUUGUCUGUUGCCUCAUUGCCUGUCUUGUUCCCUGCUGUAUUCUCAGCACUCAGAACAGUACCUGGGACAUAGUAGGUUCUUAGUAAAUAUUUAUUCUUUUAGUUCAUUAAUCAAUGGCAGAACUAGGCCUAGAAUUUAGAUUGUCAGCCUUUUACCUCAAGACAGGGAAAAGGAGUGAGAUGGGAAGAAAGAGAAGCAUUUAAUGGGAGAAGAAGGAAGUCUAAGGUCAGGAGACCUGGGAAGCAAGCCUGGCUUUGUCACCAUCGCUCAGUGUGAGCUGGAUGUGUGCCUUACUUCCCCAUCUGUGACAUGAGAGAGCUGGAUGAGAACCAUGAACAUUUCCAAGAUCCUAUUUCCCUUGUCAGCUGAAGACGGGUACUUGAUCUGAAGGGCAAAGACAGGGCAGUGCCUGCAUUCCUACCUUGAAUUCUCACCACUGCCACAAUAUGUGCCAUCCAAGUUGACCUGGCCAACUCAUGGUCUCACCCCUCAUGGUAUUUAUUGGUCUAAUAAUGCUUUUAGGGGCCAAGGAAGAGCCAAGAAGAGGCAUUUGUUUUAAUUUGUUUUACUUAACCCAAUAUAUCCAUAACAGUAUCAUUUCAACAUGUAAUCAAUAUAAAAAAGUAUGAAUGAGAUAGUUAUAUUCUUUCAUGAUAAAUCUGGUGUGUACUUUAUACUUGCAGCACAUCUCUAUGCAGAUGGCGUUUUAGUUUCCUAGCUGCCAAAACAAAUACCAUGCAGUGGGUUGGCUUAAACAACAGGAAUUUAUUGGCUCACAGUUUUGAGGCUAGGAGAAGUCCAAAAUCAAGGCAUUAUGAAAGCAAUGCUUU